GUGUAUCUCUCUUCUUUGGCUCCUUGCCGUGUCAACAACAUUCGUCUGACUGGAUGAUUGUGCAGCAUAGACCUGCUGGUAUUUAUUGUACGGAACCAAACAGAACAGUCUGGUCUUCCAUGUCGUUCUCCAGUUGAUCCAGUAGCAGAACAUGCGCUUCCUCGUCGUUCUCCUCUUGAUUUCCGGUACAUCCGCCGCCGCCGGUAGCGAUGGCAGCGGCGGCUGCGACCGCCGGUGCGGUGGCACCGUCGUCCCCUACCCUUUCGGCUUCUCCGCCGGCUGCCCCGUCGUCCUGGCCUGCGACGCCUCCACCUCCACGGCCCUCCUCCCGCGUACCACCGCGGCGGCGCCGUACCCCGUCCUUUCGUUCCGCCGGCCCCCAUUCUCCACCUUCCUGGUGUCCGUGGCGCCCUCGUGCAAACGCAGCGUCGGCGAAGCCAGGGUGUCGCUCAGCGGCGCCGGCUACGGCGUCUCCAACCGCACCGGGCUCUUCCUCAGCGGCGGCUGCCGCACGUCGGGGGCCUCCAACUGCUCCGUCUCCCCGAGCCUCGCGGCGUCGCUGCUCCGCACGGCGGAGUGCGGCAACGACACCACCUGGGCGUGCGUGGCCGAGGUGCCGUCGUACAGCUCCCCGCCGGCGAGGGGCCAGGGGUGGUUCUUCAACUGGGAGCACGCGGAUGCUGCGGGGUGCAGGGACGUCCUGACGGCGACGGUGUACGGGGAGCCGACGGGGGCGUCCCUGUCCCUGGAUUUCGGUGUCGUGGAGAUGAACUGGUGGGUCAACGGGACGUGCGCGGACGCCGCCGCUGGCGCUGGCGCCGGCUGGUGCGCGGCGAACGCGGGGUGCGACGACGUGCUGGCGCCGAGUGGCGCGUGGGGCCACCAGUGCUACUGCUCGGAUGGGAUGUCCGGCGACGGGUUCGUCGCCGGCGAGGGGUGCCACUACGGUUCCCCCGCCCGCGGCAAGCUGUCGGCGGCGGCGAUCGCCGGCAUCGUCGUUUCUGCCGCUUCGUUUGCGUUCGCGCUCUCGAUUUGUUUCUGGCUCCGGCGGCGGAAACGGAUGAAGACGAAGACUGCCAAGCAAACACAGGUAAGAGUUGCGAGGCUUUUCCGCGGCAAACCAGUGGAAGACGACCUCGAGCUAGAUGAUGAGGUGGCCGGGCCCCAGCGGUUCUCCUACGACGAGCUCGCCGCAGCCACUGGAAACUUCUCCGACGACCGGAGGCUCGGGAGAGGAGGCUUCGGCUCCGUGUACAGCGGGGUCCUGGCCGACGGGAACCGCGACGUGGCCGUGAAGAGGGUGUCGGAGACCUCGCGGCAGGGCUGGAAGGAGUUCGCCUCCGAGGUGAGGAUCAUCAGCCGGCUCCGGCACCGCAACCUCGUGCAGCUCAUCGGCUGGUGCCACGGCGUCGGCGGCGACGUGCUUCUCCUCGUCUACGAACUGAUGCACAACGGCAGCCUCGACGCGCACCUCCACGACCCGGAACGCGUCCUGCCGUGGCCGGCCAGGUACGGCGUCGCGCUCGGCGUCGGCGCCGCGCUGCUGUACCUGCACGAGGACGCGGAGCGGCGCGUGGUGCACCGGGACGUGAAGCCGAGCAACGUGAUGCUGGACGCGUCGUUCACCGCCAAGCUCGGCGACUUCGGGCUCGCGCGGCUCAUCGACGACGGCCGCCGGUCGCACACGACGGGCUUCGCCGGCACGUGGGGGUACAUGGACCCGGAGAGCGUUCUCGCCGGGAGGGCGAGCGUGGAGUCCGACGUGUACAGCUUCGGCGUUCUCCUCCUCGAGAUCGCCUGCGGCCGGCGGCCGGCCGUGCCCGUGAGAGAGCAAGACGAGGACUUCAUCCACCUGGUGCGGUGGGUCUGGGGCGCGUACGGCGGCGGGAGCAUUCUCGACGCGGCCGACGCGCGGCUCGGCGGCGAGUUCGACGGGCGGGAGAUGGCGGGCGCGCUGCUCGUCGGGCUCUGGUGCGCGCACCCGGACCGCAGCCUGCGCCCCACCAUCAGGCAGGCCGUCAGCGUGCUGCGGUUCGAGGCGCCGCCGCCAAGCCUGCCCGCGAAGAUGCCGGUGGCGACGUACGGGGCGCCGGCCGAUCAUCCUGACACCACGACGUCGUCUGCGAUGUCCACGACAGUGAGCAGCGGCAUUGGGCAUUCCAGCACCACGCAGUCAUCAGCUGAGUCCAGUCUGAUGAAAUGGCAGGCGAACAAUACACCAGUAUGAUAAUUUGUGUUUCAGGUCAUCGCACAAGACUAGAUUCCUUUUUCCAGCUCUGAUAAUCGCUAUUUCUACUGUUCAUAGCCCAGUUACUGAAACUGCUACAAUUCCCAGUGCAUGUGUACAGCUGAACACCUCAAGUCAAAGAAUCAGGCAUUUGAUGGCCAGGUGUUUUUUUUUUUA